AUGCUUCGCAUUUUUAUCCUAUCAUCUUUAGCACUACUGACUGCAUGUGAUGGAUUCAUGGUUGGUGCUCCAACGGAAAUUGAGGCUAUCAACAAUGAAGAAUGGAGUCAGCAGUUGGCCGUGAUAACUCGUAAAUUUAAUGGUGAGCAUGGAAAACACAGGCUUCACAAGAUGACGGAGUUGAUAAAUGCAACAUCCAAGGUGAGAUUUUCGCCUACAUCUUGCACAACUGAUGGUACUGAUGGUAACAAUCGUGUUCCCAAUGACGUUAACCUUGAUCUGAAUUCUCGUAACGUAGUAGAUGGAAAGAGUCAGAUUUGCAAAGCGACAAUAUGGCAAAGACCAUGGCUUGAACCUGCAGAAAUCGUCACCUUAGUGAGCUGCUCCACGGAUACAAGUUGA